AUGUUGGAUGAAAUUCCAAUCCAAGAUCAGUAUGUCUUCACAUCACUGCGCUACGAUGGGACGAUGAAGCGCAAUGCUCAGAAUCCCGUGUGUUGUCCGGACUCCAAGGCUGCGUAUCUCAUCAAGUAUCACUACGAGCGCCUCGUCACUGCAGCGGAUCAUCUGGGCUGGUACGACACCAACAAGAAGCUGAAAGGCCCUGUCGAUCUGUUCAAUCGCAUCCAGACCGCCGUCACCGAACACAAGAAGAAGACGGGCAACAAAUGUCCAUUCAAGGUCCGAGUAUGCUUGCGUCACAGCGGGAAAAUGGAAAUCGGAGUUGAGCCAAUCAUGGCCAUGAAGCAACCACUUCUCUUCCCGACCACUCUGGACCUGGGCAAAUCAAACGAGCAGGCGGCCUCUCAGACUCCCAUCUUCAAGGCCGUGUUGGAUGUUCUGCCUACCCGAACCACGACAUUUACUCGCGACAAGACGCAUUACCGUACAAUGUACAACUAUGCCAGGCAAUGUGCUUCAAUCCAAUCUUAUCAGGACGCCAAGGAAGUCAUUCUGUUCAACCGUGACAACCAAGUCAUGGAUGGAUCCAUCACGACCCCUUACUUCUACCGUGACGGUAAAUGGGUGACUCCGCAUCAAGACUGUGGAGGUCAACAAGGAACCACUCGCCGCUGGGCCAUCGACCAAGGCAUCUGCCACGGCGGUAUAAUCGACAUUGCGUCCAUCAAGCAUGGCGAGAUCAUCUGGCUCAGCAACGGCGUAAAAGGAUUCUUCACUGCUCGCUUUAUGGCCUGUAGCGAUCGUCUCGCUCGCACACCCAGCUACGAGUCACGAAUUUCACAAGUGUCCCGCAGCGACAGUGGUAUCGAGGAGAAGCUUUCCAUCCAAUCUCACCAAGACGAAGUCGCCGAAGACGACAUUGAACCAGGACGCCAAAAAUACGCUCCUGAACCUGGCUCUGAUGAGUUUAGAAACUCUGCUUUCACCCUUGACGUCUUUGAGCGCGCCAUGAAGUUGUGA